CCUGGUGAAUUUACCAAGCGUGCUUUUUACAACGGUAAAUUGGACUUGACGCAAGCCGAAGGAUUAGCCGAUCUGCUAUCUGCUGAAACGGAAUUACAAAGAAAACAGGCUUUUUUGCAAACCGAGGGACACCUAAAGAACGUCUACAUGCGUUGGAAGAACGUUUUGGUGAGUGCGCUGGCAAACUUGGAGGCCUACAUCGAUUUUCACGAGACCGAGGUUUUGGAUGCUGAUUUGGUGAAUGGCACGAUGAAUAGCGUCUUGAAGCUGUCGGAAGACAUACGCAAACAUCUUGGUAACGGGGUCAGAGGCGAAUGUUUAAGGAAUGGCGUGAAAACCGUUCUAAUCGGCGAGACCAACGUGGGCAAAAGUAGUCUUGCUAAUGUUCUUUGCAGCCGACCUUUAUCCAUAGUAACUCCCAUACACGGUACCACAAGAGACGUACUAGAGGCAACUUUAGACAUAGGUGGCUAUCCCGUUGUACUCAACGACACCGCUGGUUUACGUUCGCAAAGUGCGGACGUAAUAGAACAAGAAGGUAUGAUUCGAACCUUAAGGGCCUGUGAAGACGCCAAUUUGAUAUUAUUAGUCGCCGACUGCACAAAUUACUUAUCAUGGCAGAAAGCGAGCCAAUCAAGUAAUUUUCUCGACUUCCUCGCCUUUUACGCGCGAAAGCUUGACAUUUGCGAUAUUUUAUUCAACGAAGAUAACACGACAAAGAAGCCGUUCAUUGUCAUUGGUAAUAAGGUGGAUUUAGUCGAAGAGUGUGACCUGGUACACUUGCAGUCGUUUCAAAACCUGAUCUCUUGCAAUUCAAAGAAAGGCAUUGACUUCUUGACUUCUAGCAUUAUUGACCAGUUGAAGCAAAUAUGUGGAGAGCCGACGGAAGAGCAUCCCAGUAUGAACCAAGUUCGUCAUCGUGAGUAUUUAACUUUAUGCUUGAGACAUCUAGAGUCCUAUCUGCAAGAUCGCCAGUCUUUUGACGACAACACUGUCUUUAUGGCAGAGAAGCUGAGGAAAGCUCUUCGACAGUUAGAUAAGCUAACAGGCACUUUUAGUACUGAGCAGUUGUUAAGUGUCAUUUUUAAUCAGUUUUGCAUUGGAAAAUAA